UAACUAUCUAUUCUCGUCUUCAGCGGCUUCGCUCUCUCAAUUCCAAUCUCAAAUUAAAGUUUUAGGGUUUCGCUUUUUCCAUCAACAAGGAAAAUGAGUUCUACAACCAAAGGCGGAAGGGGCAAGCCAAAGGCCACCAAAUCUGUUUCAAGGUCCUCUAAAGCCGGUCUCCAAUUCCCCGUCGGUAGAAUCGCAAGAUUCUUGAAGGCCGGAAAAUAUGCCGAACGUGUUGGUGCCGGUGCUCCCGUCUACCUCUCUGCCGUUCUUGAAUAUCUCGCUGCUGAGGUUUUGGAAUUGGCUGGGAAUGCUGCUAGGGAUAACAAGAAGAACCGUAUUGUCCCAAGGCACAUUCAGCUUGCUGUUAGGAAUGAUGAAGAACUGAGCAAGCUUUUGGGAGCUGUAACCAUUGCUAAUGGCGGUGUUUUGCCCAAUAUUAAUCCGACUUUGCUACCUAAGAAGGUUGGGAAGGGAAAAGGCGAAAUUGGAUCUGUUUCUCAAGAGUUUUAGGGUUUCUAUGUGUUUUUCAGUAGUCAUAGUUUUAUUUUUCCAGAAUAUUAUAUGUAAUUUAUAGAUAUAAAGUUUAUUUUAAAUUGUAGAACUUUGCCAGAAUUGUUGACAUCUAAAAGGUCUCUUUGUUGCUGCUAGACCAGUUGAGUGUAGCCUUUCCAAAAAUCUACUGUCAAUACAAUCAAUGUAUGCAUGGUCAGACCCUGUAUUACAAUUUCA